GUUUCAAAGUCUGGUCUUCCUGUAUCACAGUGCCGAGAACUAUACAGGGGUCUACAGACAUGCUUGGAUGUUGACGAAGAUACAUUCCUCCGUGAAUGUGUCUUGUGGAGGACGUGGUGGACUGAUCCAACACUAGCUGCCCAACGAGAAACGACUCCAGAAAACUUAACGGAUUCAUUAAAAGUUACAAGUGAAGCAUUGUAUCCAAAUAUCAGGAAAUGCUUGGCACUUCUUAUGGUAGUGCCGGUCUCUACCGCUACUGCAGAGAGAUCGUUCUCUACAAUGCGUAGAGUUAAAUCAUACCUCAGGUCAACCAUGACGACUGAGAGGCUGUCCGGCUUGGGACUUCUGAACAUUUACCAGGAAAAGAAGCUUGAUGCUGAACGUAUUGUCGAUAUUUUUGCGGCUAAAAAAGAAAGAAGACUGGCUUUGAUAUUUAAAGUGUAG